AUGCAGAGAAAAAGAAAAUUCAAUUAUUAUUAUUAUUAUUCAUUUAUUUUUAUUACAGGUCAUGGAAAUGUUUUGCCUAUACAUUUGAUAAGACAUCAUCAACAAACGAGCACAAAACAAAAAAAAUCGUCAGGUGAUAUUAAAAUAAACGAAAUCGGAAAUGGAACGGAGGAAAUGGAUCAAAUAAUUCCAAUAACGGAAAAUCCCGAAUUUUCCGAUUUGAUUGUUAAACCUCACGAAGAAAUAACAUUGCAUUGUUAUAUUUCUCAGGGAUUAUUUUGGAUUCACGAUGGACAAUCCGUUGAUUCGGUCGAUGUCGGAGUUGCGGGUACGGGUCACAGGUAUCGAAAGGAUCCGGUCAAAGGUCAUUUACACAUUUCAAACGUUAGAUUGGAAGAUAACGGAUAUUGGCAAUGUCAAUACCGCGAUGUUAGCCAUCAUUCUUUAUUAUCGUCAAAACCUCUUCGUUUGAUCGUUUUAGGAGGAGGGGGGUGUUGA